AUGUCGAAGAUGCUACCCAUCAUGAAAGGCAAACUAAUGUACUUCGACGAAGUAGCCUGGGACAAAAGCGACGAGCAACUAGCAACCUGGAAAAGAACACUCCUCAACUCCUCAUCCAUGAAAAAGAUAACAACUUUAAUCAAAACACACCGACAAGGCGUAGCAGACCGACUCUUCAAACCGCAAAAAGGCUCCUUCAACAUGCUAAUCCGUCUCCGCUUCAUCGACGGCGCCUCGGCCAUAAUCCGCUUCCCAAUACCCGGCUACUCUGUCUUCCCAGACGAAAAACUCCACCACGAAGUAUCCGUGAUGCGCUUUCUCGAGCGAUACACAAGAAUCCGAAUCCCGCACGUCCUACACCAUGGCAACACAGAUGAAAGCCCACACAGCCUAGGCCCGUUCAUUAUCAUGGAGUAUAUUGACCAUAACGCCGAUCUGGUUGAUGCAUUAAACACGCCCGGAAUACCGGAUGAAGAUCGACCUGUUCUCGAUCCCAAUAUCGAUGAGAAUAGGCUGCGCAUGGUGUAUAAUCAGAUGGCCGGGUUGUUGCUGCAGGUUGCGAAGCACUCGUUUCCGCGUAUUGGAUGUAUAUCUAAUGCUGCGGAAGACGAGCUCGAGGAUGAGUGGGUUGUGGAGCACAGGCCAUUGAGUAUUGAUAUGAAUGAGCUUGCUCAGGUUGGUGGUGUGCGUGCUGAGGAUCUGCCGGGAAUAAUGGAAACCUUUGCAAGUGGUGCGGAGUAUUUACUUACUCUUGCGGAAUUACAUAUGACGCAUCUUUCAUCGCAGCGGAAUGACGCUAUUGAUGAUGCGGAGGAUUGCAGGACGAAGUAUAUUGCGCGGUGUUUGUUCCGGAAACUUGCUAGAGAAGGACGGCUUUGUUGGGUCGAGGGGGAAGAAAUGUUUAAGUUAUUCUGUGAUGAUCUGCGGCCGGCGAAUGUGCUCGCCAACUCGGACCUUGGGUAUAAGAUAUCCGGGGCUAUUGAUUGGGAGUUUACUUAUGCAGCCCCGUUGGAGUUUGUGUAUAGUCCGCCGUGCUGGCUGCUACUCGAACGGCCGGAGUACUGGGAAGAUGGGCUUGAUGAUUGGGAGCGGGUGUAUGAGAGCCGGUUAGAAGUUUUCCUACAGGAGCUGCGCAUGCGAGAGGAUGUUGAUAUUCGGCGUGGGGUUAUUGGUGAGGAGAAUCGGCUUUCUGGUCAUAUGCGGGAGAGCUGGGAUAAUGGGGGGUUUUGGGUUAGUUAUGCGGCGAGACGCAGUUGGGCUUUUGAUGUUAUCUACUGGGCGAGAAUUGAUCGGAGGUUCUUUGGGGAGGGGAGUUUGGAGGAUCGCAUUGGAUUGUUGACUGAUGAGGAGAGGGAUGGGAUGGAGGAGUUUGUACGGAGGAAGUUGACUGAGAAGGAGGAGGGGGGGUUGGUUGGUUGA